AUGGCCCAUAAUAAGGAAGACAAUUUACAGGAUAAACUUCGAAAAGAAAGAGUAAACGAUUUUAUAGUUAAUCAGUGUAAAUUUGAUAUCGUAGAAAAAUAUGAUGAAAGUUCAAGUGAUGAGGAAAAUGAAAAUAAUCAACAAAAAGAACACUUCAAUAAUGAUGCCAAAAAUAUGGAUCAUAAUUUUAAUCUUACUGAUGAAUCCUCAAAAAUUGUGAAUGAAAAAAUAGAAAAGGAAUAUAAUAGUAUAUUAAAAAAUUGUAAUGUAAGUUUCCCCCCAGCUCUUCAUAGGAGUAUAUUAAAUUUACAAAAAAAUAAUAAGAAUGAAAAGUUAGACUUGAGCAAAAUAUACAAUAAUAAUAUUUCACUCCAUAAUUAUGAGAAUAGCAAAAAUAGUGAACAUGAGAACAAGCAAAAUUAUAAUUUUGCCAACAAAACAAUUCCAAACAUAAAAUAUAAUGAUAACCAUAAAAAGGAUAUAAAUGUAGAAAAAACAGACUUAGAAAAAAAAACACAUAAUAACCAUCACAAUGCUUUCUACAAAAAUAAUGAUACAAAAAGAUAUGAUGUAAUUUUUAAAAUGAACAAAAACGAACUAGCGAAAUUACAAUGGACUAAUCCAAUAGAUAACACAGAAAUUAGAGAAAUAAAAAAUAUAAAAGAAAUAAAAUUACAUGAAAUCAGAUUUGAUUUUUUAGGUAGACUAAGAAUACAAAUAAAUGAAAGUCUAUAUAACGAAAAAGAAAGAAAAAAAAUAUUUGACAAUUUUGAUGGACUUUAUCAUCAUAAUGAAGAACCAUUAAAUAGUGGAUACACAUUGCCUGAGCUUUUGUUUUUAUGUCAAAGUUCAUAUCCAAAUCAAGUAUGUAUAGCAUUAAAAAUUAUGAGACAUAUAUUUAUAAAUAUGUAUUUAAAAGUUACCGAAUUAAAUGAUGUACUUUUAGAUAGUAAUAUAAUAAAUAAUUAUCAAGUAAAAAACAAAUAUUCUUACGCCUUUACAUUUAAUAGAUUUGUAAACUAUUUAAAUAAUGAUUUGAAUAUAUUUUCAAAAUUGUUAUUUUUAUUUAAUUAUUAUAGUAAUAAUAAUAUACAAUUUAAUUGUCUUCAUGCUAUGGCUAGCUACUUAUUUCCAAAUAAUACAUACAUAAUAAAAGAUAAAAUAAUAUUUGAUGGAACAGAAGAAAACAAAAUUAAUAAAUUUAAAUAUUCUAUAGAUUAUGAAUUUUUCUCAUAUUACGAUAUGUUUAGUGAUAACAUUUUUUUUGAUGAAAGUUAUAAUAUAUUUUUUUAUUCAAACAAAAAAGGACAAAAUUGUUCUAUCUCAGAUUUUCCCUUAGAAAAUAAUAAUUCGAACACCUUGAAAAAUUCGAUAGAUCAUAAAGAUGAUAAUACCUCUGAUCCAAAUCAAGCAAAUAAUAUUAACAAUCCGAGGGAUGAUGAUGUUACAAUUUUUUUAAAUAAGUGCAAAGAAAAUGAAAUAAAAAAUGAAGAAGAGAAAGUAGAUAAAAUAAUUAUAAAAAAUACAACGAAAAAAAAAUAUGAAAAGAAUGAUGAAAAUAGUAUAAUUUAUGAUAAAAUUUUAUGCUACCUUAAAAAUGUUAAUGAAAGUGCUAGCGAUCCAAGUAAAUUAAUAAAAAUAAAUUUAGAUAUAAUAAAAUCAUAUAAAAAGACAAAUGAUAAUGAAGAUAUCGAAAUUAUAAAACUUAUAAAUAAUAUAAGUAAUAUUUUGAAAAAUAAUUUUGCUGUUGUCGAAGUAGAAAAUAGUUGUGUGUGUCUUUUAAUAGGGUUAUUAAUUAAAUAUAAGCAUAAAAUAAAUAUAUUAAAAAAUAAAGAUCUUGUAAAAAAUUUAGAAAAAAUAUGUGAAUCAAAAAUUGUAGGUAGCUGUUUAUACAACGAAAGAAUAAAAAAAGAAUGUUCAAAUACAAAUCAAACAAUUAACUCUUCUGAUCUUAAUUUUGUUUAUAAUAUAAUUACUUUAAUAAGAUAUAUAAUUAUAUAUAACUAUGAUAAAGAUUUUUUACAAAAUUUCGAUGUGCUAUCAUUUUUAAUUUUUUAUAGAACUUUGCCAUUUAGUUUGAAUCUUGAAAGUAUAAAUGAUAAUAUGGAAAAAAACACUAACACUUCAAUGAGGCAUUCUUAUAUAUUUAUUUCCACAGAAACAUUAAAAGUAUUUAGAAUUUUACUAACUUGUAAUUUGUAUAAAGAAUCAGUUGAAUAUUUUCAUGAUAUUGUUAAUAAAAUUCAUAAAAUAAAUAUUAAAAAUGAUAUAAUUUGUAAAAAGUUUUUAACUCAAGUAUAUUUAUAUAUUUCUACUUAUAACUUGAUAUGUGAUGAUAUGGAUUUAUCAGGACUUUUAUAUACUUCUAAAGUUAUUAAAACGUUAGAAAUUCAAAUUAAUAAUGUAGACAAAAAAGAAAAAUCAUAUGAAUAUAUAUAUACAAACAAUUCUUUUUCAUACCCUAAUAAUAUUAAAGAACAAAAUAAAUUAGGCUUUAAUUAUUUAAAUGAUUUGAUAUUAAUAAAUCAAUGCCUUAAUUAUAUAUACACAGUAUUUAACUGUAUUAGAAAAAAAUGUAUAAAUAUAGAACAAUGUAUACAUACCGAGCAAAUAUACGAUCUUAUGAAAUUGCUUCAACGGAUUGGGCAUACAUUUACAGGAAACCUUAGCUGGUUACUAGAUUGGUAUAGAGAUGAUGUAAAAAGAAAUGAUAACAAAAACGAAGACAACAUAAUUAAGAAUAUAUUUAACAAAACAAAGGAGUGCCCUUCUAUGUUCAAUUUCAUUAUUUAUGAACAAAAUUUGGAUCCUCAUUUUUUUUUUGUCAUAUUUAUACAGCUAUUAAACAGCAUUUUAAAAAUAAUUUUAGAGAUAAGUUAUAUGAAUGAAGAAAUACAAAAUAGUGAUGAUAUAAUUAAUGCCAAUAAUAUUUACGACGAAAUAAAUCCGCUUAUUGAGUUAUUCUCUCAAUUAAAUCAAAAUGUGUUAAAACUUUUUAAAAUAGACAUAUUCAAAGUUGAAAAUGUUUUAGAUUCGAACAAUGUGUUUCUACCCCUAUCAUAUUUGUUUUAUAAUUUAUACAAACUUUUUAAUAUGAAGAUUUAUAAGGAAAAAAAUGCUUCAAGUAUGAAUACUAAUCAAAAUCAACUUAAAAAUAACCAAAAAUGUGACACUAUUUUAAGGGAUGACAACAUGGAUAUUAUUUUUUAUUCGCUUGUAUUUUGUUCCUCCGUUCCUCUUAGUUAUUUUUCUUUGAAGGAAAUUACGAAACAGCCAAGCAUCUCAAUCAAUGACAAUAUAAAGAGAGACACAUUACCUAUCUAUGGAGAGGAAGCUAUUUCAACUUCUUUUCAAAAUGUAGACACACAUCAAAGGGAUACAUGUUCAAAUGAUGAGAACAAAGAUGAAUAUAUAAAAAAUGUUAAUGCGGUAUAUGUUAUCCUAUUUUUACAAAAAUAUAUAAAAGAAAGUUUAUCAAUAUAUAAUAGCAAAAAAAAUAUAUUUUUAUUGUUACUAAAAAAUAUGUUUAGAGAAUCUAAUAAGUCAUUAAAUGAUAUAACCAAAAUGGAAGAAAUAAUAAUUAGAAAAGUACUAAUUUUAUUUUUAAAUAAAAAUGUUUUAAAUUUUUUAGUAAAACAUAUGGAUACAUCUACAUUUUUUAAGUUUUACAUUCAAAUAUUUCUUGUUAAUAAUCAUAAACAAAUUGGAGAAUAUAUGAAUGAACACAUAAAUAUAUAUAACUAUUUUGUGUCUAUAGCUGAAAUAUAUAUAUUUAAUAAUAUGCCUUGUGACGUUGAUACUUUAAGGGGUGAAACCACAUUUUUUGAUGAAGAAUUGGAAUAUAAAAAGAGCAUAGAAAAUAUUGUUUUUUCUUUUCUUCAGAAUAAAAUGGAAAGGAAAAAAGAAUCAAAACAAAAUGGGGAUAAUGGAAAAAGUUCUUUUGGACAAGAUGAAGAUAUAUUAAAUCAGUUCGAAAAAAAUAAACAAAAUAUCAAAUCGUGUACUCGACUAAAGCGACUCAAUAUCAGCUGUGCUCUUUCACAAACAGUUUUUGAAAAAAUCAUCGAAUCUUUUAAAUUAGGAUAUUUUUUUAACCCAUUACUUUUAUCAAUAUUAUUUUUUUUUUCUACUGUAUCCUUUCCACAAGAAUGCAGAAAUAUAUUUUUUAACGAUUAUGAUAUAUUGAAAAUUUUAGGGAAAAAUAUAUUUAUUCAUUUUUUUGAUAAUCAGCAUUAUAUAAUAUAUACAAUAUCCACAUAUUAUGGAUUGAAACAAAAUAAUUAUAUUAUCGACUUAACCAAAUUUUUUCCCUCGAUUUUUUCAUUUAUAUAUAAUUCUUAUGAUAAUUUUAUUUUACAACAAAACUUGGAAGAAUAUUUUAAAAAUUUACUAACUGAAUAUUCCGAUCCUAGUUUCUUAUAUUUUCUCUUUUUUGUUAAAAAACAAAUUCACAACAAACAAAAGAAUCACUAA